CUUAUCUUGUACAGACAAGUGGUAGACAUCAGUCACAAUCAUGAAUUCCAUCACGCUCGUUUUAACUUUUUGUCUGACUAUAAAUUCACUAUCUGCUACCUUAGAAGACAAUAAGCUUCAGCAUCUUGAGAAUGUCGUGAAGGAACUGCAACAACAACACCAACAACAGAGACAGGAAGAUCUGAAGAGGAUAGAAUCGCUUGAAAAUGAACUGUCGGUACAUAAUCGUCGGACUCGUUUGUUAUUGGAUUCUGCUGUACCAGAACACUCGAGGGUAUCGUUUAUGGCUCAUUUAUCUAAAGAUUUGUCAAGAGCUGGAAAUAAUCACACCAUUCAUUUUGACCGUGUUAUUACAAACAACGGCCACUCAUAUAACCCACUCGUGGUAUAUUUCAUACCCCUGUUACAGGAACUUAUGUUUUCAUCUGGACGACAACUAAUAGAGACCACAGUUUCAUGAAUUCAGAGUUGUUGAAAAAUGGAGUUCGUGUCGCGCGAUCUAUGUCCGAUGCUAUGGAUCACGCAGAUUAUGCUGUUGCUACAAGCUUUGCAGUUAUUAAUU